AUGUCGUCCCAGAAAACUAUUGCUAAAAAUGCCGUUGAAGAAGAGGUGUUUUUGGAAACUAUCAAUACCCAACUGCACAAUGAUAAUGUGGAAUUCUAUGAAGCUGAUGAGGAAGGUAUACUAAGUCCAAUACCAGCACCUUCAGAUAAAACAAACGAAGCCAAUGCAAGCACAGAUGUAAGAACUAAAGAAGAACCUGCUAAAUUAAAUGACCAAGGAGCUGUAGUUGAAGAAGAAAUAAAGCCCAUAAGCAAAACAAAACGAACCAAGAAGAAUAAUGAGGCAAGCACAAGCAGAGAAUUAAAAGGGAAAGAAGAAACUGCUGAUUCACCUGAUCAAGAACAAGAAUAUAAUGAACCUGCAGAAUUACAUAACUUAAUCAAAAGAAAACAAGCUAGAAAACAUGAUGUAAACCCUUCCUCUUGGUUCCAAAAUAUUAAUAAAAUCAAUCGUGAAAAGGGCAUAGAAUACAGUGUCAUGAAAGAAUCAAUUGUUUUGAACUGGGUAAGGAACGACAAAAUCAAAGACGCUGAAAAAAAUCCGCAAGAUAAAAGGAGAGAAAGUAGAAAUCAGCUUUUCAAAAAUAGAAAUGAAAAUCUAUAUGAAUUUUUUGAAUCUCUUGCAAAGGUUGAGUCCCAUUAUUGUAGGUCAUCGACAUCAAAGCUUUAUCUAGAGCCAAUGUGGACCUCAACUAAUGAACUUUAUAGAUUUUAUAAAGAAAACUACUGCGUAGAAAACCAAAAAGAAUCAGUUUCCAGAACUGUUUUUUUUAAUGAAUUUUGUAAGAAAAAUUACUCGAUUUACAUCCCAAAAAAAGACCUUUGCGACAAGUGUAUUGCGUUCAAAACGAAAAACAUAACUGAAGAAGAGUACAAUUUACACCAACAAAUGAAAAGAGAAGCAAGGGAUGCGAAAGAAAAAGACAAAGAAACAGGAGUUGCUGUAUUUGCCAUGGAUCUUCAAGCUGUUCUGCUCUCACCUAAAUCAACAACCAGGAAGAAACACAGUAAAUCAGAUCCGUGCUCUAAGUCUAAAGUACGAAAUGAACGGGAAAAUAUCAUUUAA